UGGUGCUCAACAUAGUAGAGGACAGACCUGAGAGCAGACAGACAGACAGGCUGCUGAACAACUGCCCAUAACCCGUUUAUCGAAGCUGUCAGUGCUGUGGAGGUCUUUUAUAAGCAGGGAGGGCGUGGCUGACAGCAGGAAGCCUCCACUUCUCUCGUUUUAUCGCUGGAAAAUUAACACGCCCAGACUGUGUCUUACGUUGUCAUCUCUUACUUGAGAAAAUGUCCAGGUCAGACUACCCACCGGGGUACGACGACUCCCGGGGCCCGCUAUAUCCACCUCAGGGAGGGAAUUACCCACCACCCCCUGCGUAUGGCUUCCCUGCCUUCGGUGGUCCCCAGCCCUCUGCUCCCUACCCCACUGGUUCAAAUGCCCCUCUGUACCCAGGCCAGCCGGGGGGCUAUCCUCCUGGCCCGUACCCAGGACAGUCUCACCCCGCUGGGCCUCCAGGAACUGGCUACCCCAAUCCUCCUCCCAUGCCCCCUGUCAUGCCACCUACCAUUCCAUCAGAUAUCCUGAGCUCUGGUGAUGAGUUUGCGGCGAGUGACAGCGGUUGGGACAGCAUGAGUAUUCGGCAUGCCUUCAUCAGAAAGGUCUAUUUGAUUUUGGCGUCUCAGCUCCUUGUCACCACAGCCAUUGUGGCCGUUUUCACAUUUGUCCAACCAGUCAGAACCUUUGUACAGAGAAACCAAGCUAUCUACUGGGCAUCAUAUGCUGUGUAUUUCAUCACCCACAUUGUGCUGGUCUGCUGUAAGGGCCCCCGGAGGAAGUUCCCAUGGAACAUCAUCUUGCUGUCCAUCUUUACCCUGGCUUUGUCCUACAUGACUGGAUCUAUUUCCAGUUACUAUGACACAAAGGCAGUGUUUCUGGCCCUGGGUAUCACUGCCGUCGUCUGCAUCGCCGUCACAGUCUUCUGCUUCCAGACAAAGGUGGACUUCACCAAGUGCCAGGGCCUUUUCUGUGUCCUUGGGAUUGUAGUAUUUGUGACUGGCAUCAUUACAACCAUUGUGCUGUCCUUCAAAUAUAUUCUGUGGCUUCACAUGCUGUAUGCAGCUUUGGGAGCCAUAGCUUUCACUAUGUUCCUAGCGUACCACACUCAGCUGCUGAUAGGAAACAGGAAGCAUUCAAUCAGCCCAGAGGAGUAUGUGUUCGCUGCACUCUCCAUCUACGUCGACAUCAUCCAGAUCUUCCUUUUCCUGCUGCAAAUUAUCGGUGCUUCAACUAAAUAAAUGCACCAAAGGGUACACGACCAACUUGGGUCAACAGGGUGCAAAACUGUACCGUGCUUUUUAAAACCUUUUGCUUUGUUUUCAGUCAGAAUCAGAAUAAAUUUUAUGAGAUCAUAAUGCACUAAAGGGAAGGGCUGAAUUUUAGAUUUUGUCAUAGUAUAGGUUAAUCCUAUGUACAAAAAACACUUUCUGAUAUCAAUAUUUGAUAAGUUCCUUAAAGCAGAUAUAGUGUUUAAAGGAGAAUAUUAAUACUUGUAAUAUUACAUACAAUAUAAAUACCGCAAAUAUCUAUAGACACUGGACUGCCAGCUGCAGCAUUUAUUCACUUCUGCUGGACUUAAGUUAAGGCAGACAGUGUCUGAACCUUUUUCUCUGGAUGUUAAUGUAUUGCUAUACAUAAACUGGGUCACAUCAGUAUAAACGUUGAGGAAAUAGGCAAACGUGUGUUCAAACUCUCACUUGCCAACACAGACACCCACCUCUCUGGCUUUUACAGUGGGGGUGGGCAGUGCGUCUUAUGAUUUAUGAAUAAUUGAUACAUUACAUCUAAAUACAUUUAAAUGACCACUCAAGUUUUUCAAACAUUAGGCAUUUCUUAUAUUUGCUGUUACGUACUUAAAGGAAUGGUUCCAGAUUUGUGUAAACAAACGCUUAUUUGCCUUCUUGUUGAGUUAGAUGAAAGGAUUGAUACCACUCUCAUGUCUGUCCGAUAAAUGUAAUACAACCAGCAGCCAGUUAGCUUAGCUUAGCUUAGCAUAAAGACUGGAAACAGGGGAACAGCUAGCCUAGCUCUGUCUGAAGAUAAAAAAAUCUGCCUAUCAGUACCUCUAAAAAUUACUAUUUAACAUGGUAUAUGUCACAGAUUUCCUGAAGUCUCCACUGGAGGGUUUAUACUUUUAUACUUGGUGUAGAGCUUUAUAAGUUGCUGGUAGGGUACCUGUUUCCUCCUGUUCCCAGCCUUUAUGCUAAGCUAAGCUGCCAGCUGGCUGUAACUUCAUAUUCUCUGUACAGGCACGAGAGUGAAUCAGCACAUUUCUACUGCUUUAAAUAUAUUUAUAACAUACAUAAAAAAGCAAAAAGGGUUCAUGGUAAAUAACAAAUAUUUAUUGUGUAAACUCUGAACCAAUGACUCUGCACUAUGAAGAGUGUUUGUGUCUAAAAAGUGAUGUUACACAAUGUAACAUUUGGUACUGAUCUUAAGGACACAAGUACAGAUACUCAAAAUCACACUUAUGUCAGCAUUGGUGAUUGAUCUGCCCACCCCUGACACCCAGCUCAGUACACCUAGUGACAGCCUCAGACCUGCAGUCAUGGGGUUAUUUUAUCAAGCCUUUGCUGGUGGUUUUUAAUACACGUGUUGCUUUAUUCUAACUUUAUACAUUCUACAUCACUAUAGUGCCUUCACAAUGACGUUUCUGAGAUUAGAUUUUUUUUACUUUAAGAAGUAUGUGUACAGUACUCGAUAAGCUUUUAUAGUAUUGUUACAGUAUGUGCCUGUUUAUAUAGUCUUGUGUUACAGUCUGAGUUGGGUCAGAAACUGAGUGCCAGCAGGGUGGGUUUGUCCAUACAGGGCCACAAUGUCAUUCCUGAGAGUCAGUGAGCUCCAGUUAAUGUGGAACUGUCCAAAAACAUGAUCAACCCCAUCCAGCUGGUCCUCCACACAUGUUCAUAUUCAUCAGAAAUAUAGACCCAAGCCACAUAAUCUUUGACUCUAAACAACUAUGGCAAAAAUGUUGAAUGUUUAGAACAGAUAGUCAGCGUGGGCUUUGUAAAUAUACAUAUCAAUGAUGAGGGAAGUCUGUUUGCCUUUUCAUAUCAAAUAAAGAUUUGUAUUUGUGA